UCUUAUUGCCGGUUUCACAAAGGAACAGCCUCAAAGCGAACAGUCUCACCCCGCAUGGGCAAGGGUUCGCGAUAAGGCAUCGAUCUUUGAUCAUCCCUUGCGGAGUUGGUGGCCCCUGUCACCAGAUACUUUGCUAAGCGUCAGGUGCAGAAACAUGGAGAGCCUCACGACCAUUACGAUGCGGGCCACAACUGCAUGCACGAGCGCCAACGUAUGCACACGUCGAGAUGCAGCAGAGCCUCCCAUGCGCGCCUUUGUCUUUCACCGAUAAAAUUGAAUGGACAAUAUCGAUAGUAAAUGUACGUUGGGCACGAAUACCUGGCAUGGAGGUCAAGUUUCAGGCCAGCGGACCAUCUCGCUUGUCUUACCGGCGGCUCCUCGCAGCCAAUCAAGCUCUCCCGCGCAGCGACUUCAACCAGCUCCCGUUUCAACCUGUCAAGUCCGCGGCAGCGAACCGCAAGCACCACACCAAACAAUAGCCUUAGGCAGGUCGACCGAAAAUGAACCACGGACCAUGGCCACGCAUAGUGCCCAGGAUGUAGUUUUCACGCGCUGGUACCUGUUUCACGCCCCACCACUCGACGUACGGCGACCAACCCGAGCACAUUUCCAUGAAACAAUGCGGUCUUGGUCAAACGCUGCCGAUGGCGUUGUCCGGCCUUGUUCAACGCCGUCCAGCCUUACAUGUGAUCUUCAGUGGUUGUUCCCGCAUCCCUUGCGCAGACUAACGGUGUGCGCCUUGUUUGGGGGACGGCUUCUGGAUCCUGCUCAGACGUUGAAACGCGACUAUGCUGGAAAGACAGCCUGGGUCCGGAUGGACAACCACUCGUCUAAUCAAGCGAGACCUGCCUAAGGGCAGUCCGUGGUCUAAUUUGAGUGUUGCGUAUAUAGGCGUGUGCACCCCAGAUUGGCUACUGGGUAUCUCGCUGCUGGUGGUGU